GGGGCACAUGCGCCGUGCGCGCACUGCGGAGCGGGCGGGGGGAGCGCGGCAGAGCCGCAGCCCUGCACCGCCCCGCGGGGCCGCCGACAGACCCCGCCGCCACCCACCGGCCCCGCUCCGACCCACCGACCGGCCCAGGGAUUUAUCUCCAUGCCUGGAUCCCUGCUCCUGGGAGCUGUUGCCUGAAGGUCUGAGGACCUGUCACCAAGAUCAGCCCCUUGAAAGCUUGGAAGUCACCUGAAAUAUCAGCACAAGCAGGAGCAGCACUUGGCGUAACGGAGCAUCCUUUCACUGGGGCUUGAGCCAAGCCACCAGCGCUCAGGAUGUGUUCACAGCGUCUUGGAGCAGCGUGAGGGCUAGCCGGCAGCAUGCCACUCGUGAAGAGGAAUAUCGAGCCUCGGCACCUGUGCCGGGGGGCUCUUCCUGAGGGGGUGACAAGUGAGCUGGAAUGUGUCACCAACAGCACGCUGGCUGCCAUCAUCAAGCAGCUGGGCAGCCUCAGCAGGCACGCGGAGGACAUCUUUGGUGAGCUGUUCAACGAAGCCAACAGUUUCUACAUGCGGAUGAACUCGCUACAGGAGAGGGUGGACCUGCUGGUCAUCAAGGUGACGCAACUGGACUCCACCGUGGAGGAAGUUUCACUGCAGGACAUCAACAUGCGGAAAGCCUUCAAGAGCUCCACAGUGCAAAACCAGCAGGUUGUGUCUCGCAACUCCAUCCCCAACCCGGUGAUGGAGAUGUACCAGCGCUGCGACAAGCCCCCACCACUCAACAUCCUCACGCCCUACAGGGACGACAAAAAGGACGGCCUCAAGUUCUACACUGACCCCUCUUACUUCUUCAACUUAUGGAAAGAGAAAAUGUUACAGGCAACAGAAGAUAAGAGAAAGGAGAAGCGCAGGCAGAAGGAGCAGCGGCUGGUGGAGGACUCCACCCGGGAGGUGAAGAAAGUGAGGAAAGCCCGCAACCGGCGCCUGGAGUGGAACAUGAUGGCGUAUGAUAAAGAGUUCCGACCCGAUAACAGGUUCUCACCAUCCCCCUAUCACAUGGCGUCAUCGGAAGGAUCACUGUCCCCAGAUAAUAGAUCUUAUGCAUCAGACGUGGCCGACCACUCAUACCCAGCGAGCCCAAACCACCCUGCGCAGCUGCUGGCCCCAGCAUCCCACCUGGCCCCGGCGGAGCACAAGGAGGGUGUGGUGGUGGCCGCUUCCCCCCAGGAGCAUGUCUACCGCCCAGCACCGAUGGCAGGCAGCCGGCAGAACAGCCUCAACCGCCUCCAGCAGCCCCAUGUGCCGCAGCCCCCCGAGGCUAUCCUCAAUGGGCCAAGACCUCAUUUAGUCAAGGAUUAUGGCCCACAGCCAGUGCCGAUGGCAGAAUACUUCGUGCCACCUGCCCCACCGCCCCCGCCGCCCGUCAUCCCCUCUGCGCAGACUGCCUUCGACAGCCCCAUCUCGGCUCCCCCUGCACUGGCCCCUGGCUCCGCUGGACCCCCCUCCUAUGCACCUUCACCACCUCCGGCACCCCCUGGCCCCUACUCUGCUUCCCCGCCGCAGGCUGGCCCCAUGGGACCCCCGGUGGCACCGCCACCACCGCCACCGGGCCCCCCUGCUGUCUCCGCCUCGCCGGCACACUCAGCAUCGCCACCAGCCCCCACCAUGGAGCCCAGGAAGCCACAGAUCCCGCUGAUGCCCAUGAGCGAUGCCCGGAGCGACCUCCUGGCAGCCAUCCGCAGGGGAAUCCAACUCCGGAAAGUCCAAGAACAAUGGGAGCAAGAGGCCAAAAAAGAGCCCGUGGGCAAUGAUGUGGCGACGAUCCUGUCCCGCCGGAUCGCGGUUGAGUACAGCGAGUCCGACGAUGACUCCGAGCUGGACGAUAAUGAGUGGUCGGACUGAGGGGUCCCGGGGCUGGGCUGGCGCAGAGCUCCCCGGCUCCAUACCAGGUGUGUAUAGGCGCCUUCCCCAACGUCAGUGCCAACAAGCGCGGGCAGCCCCGCUGAUUCAGGAGCUUUGCUUUUACACCAUGUUGAAAACCCUUCAGGCAACAGCAGCACUGGUAGGAUACACCUCAGAGGCAGUGAGACUAGAAAUUAGCAGCACCUUCACUUUUAAUGACUUCAAAAAUGCUCCAAAGGCAGGUUAAUAGGAUUACUCCAGAUUUACACCUGGGCCAAGUCCAGGGACUGGCCCUGAGCGUGCUUUGCUAGAGAAGGGAGACCCAGAGACAAUAGUGCUUUUUCAGCUAGAUAUUAGAUGCGUUAAUGAGAAGCUCCAGGAGAAGAAACCUGUUUGUACAACGAGUGCCACCACAGGUGUGCAGGGACGGCCACAUGCUGGGCUUGAGGAUGCUCUGCUACCUGCAUUUUGUAGGACUGGGCAGCUCCAAGGGCUUCGUGAGGGCAAGAGCCUCCUUCCCCAUAGAGCGAUGCACUGUGUUUUACUGCAGUUCCGUAGGGAUGGUCACUGUUGUGCUGUCACUCCUUGGAGAAACCCAACGUGUGGUGACCAGGGCCCGUUUCCAUCCUUUGGUCCAGUUUUCUGGGAGAAAAGGGUGAAGGCAAGGCUUGUGCAGCUAGGAGGGAGACAGAAUUUGUGUGAGCUUUGAAAGGUACAACGUGUGCUGUCCUGUGGCAGAAAGGGGCUGCAGCAACGGAGCAGAGGUGUCCAGGGAGCUUCCCCAAGCCCAGCUCUCCUUGGCCUUGGCGCUACACCAUUUCAGUGCCAUUUGUAAAAAAGAAAAAUGAUUAGACAAAAUGCUGCUUUCCCAAACCCCAGAAAUAAAGGGAGAGCGAGGUUGGGCGCGUUCUCUCAAGUUGCACUUUGCAACCCCACAAACUGCGCCUGUACAAUUGAGAUCAGCUCAAACCCAGGCACUGAUCCUGCCCUGCUGGAUCCUGCCCUGGGGGAUCCUGGAGAGCAGGGUCGUCCCCACAGCGCUGAAAAUACCCCAUCCAAAAAGAGCAUGAUUCUUCUAAGGCUUUUCACGCAGCUACAGCAGGAAGAGGCUUAGGAAGGCAGAGUGAAGGGGUGAGGAGUACUGAAAAUAUCACAGUCAGGAGUCAGAGCCUGUAGAAAGCUGGGAGAGGUUCUCCACCAGCAGCAAAUGGGCCAGGACCAGCUAUGGACUUGACUGCAACACUGACCCAAGGUCUUUCCUUGUGUUCCCAUUUACUGUGAGUCCCUGGAUGGGGGAAAACUGAGUCCCCACACUGCAUUUCUUCAGGGGAGAAGCUGUGCUCUGAGCCCACCUCCCCUGCUCUCCCAGUAGCCAUAUAUGGCUACAAAAGUAGUAUUUUGACUAUCUAGGAGAGGACUACAUCUGUAAAGGAGGUGGGAGGAUAUGGCUGGGACCCAAAAGGCUCAAAGGCUGGUGUUUAAAUUCACCCUAAGAGUUGCUGAUGGUGAACAAUGCCCCAAGUGUCUGCUCGUUUUCCUCCUAGUGAGAUACCCUUCAUGGUGAGGUGCUAUGAACCCUCUGCCCAGCUGCUGAGAAUACUCCCAGGAGCUUUCCCUUCCUUUGACUGUCACAAAACAGUCUGUGUCCCUUGGAUGCGAUGACUCCCAGAUCUCCGGAGCUGAGCUGUGAGUUGCGAUGCCAAGUGGGAGGCUUGAGCGGAGGAGCAGCGUGGAUGUAGGGCAAAGGUGGUUGGGAAAGGGUUUAGGGGUGUACCUUGCCUUGGGCCACAUCCCGUGAUUUGGCCACCCAUUCCUUAGGGAAAUAAAAUCCUCAGAUUUAAGCCCAGAAUUCUCCAUCUCAGCAGCGCUGAUGCUGUUUAAGCUGCUCAGAUGUUCAUCCCCCUCUCCCCGUUGAAGGGCAACUUCUCCCAGCGCAAGGAAGAUACGUCAGUGUGGGUUUAGCUGUAUGGAUCAAUCCCAGUUCCCAUGUCAACCUCCCAAAAGGCUCUGCACCUCCCGCUUUACCGAGCUCCUGCUGUGGGCGGAUGGGACAGAGAAGGCAAGAAGCAGCCGAGCAAUAGGACACAUGGAACAGCUCAUCUGCAAACCCCAAGGAAAUAGGAUUGACUGAAGGAGGCAGGGAGACAUGGUACACUGCGAGGGACCAGGAAAUUCCUGGUACUCAGUGCUCACAGAGAGAUUUUGUUUCUGACGUUGACACUCAAAGAUGCAGAGAACUGGCUGCAAAAGCUUUCAGCUAAAGCUUGGCAUCUCCGCGUGGGCAGAGAGCCCCUGCGGUGCUCCCGAUGCUUUCCUUGGCAAGGCAGAUGGGGUCUGACCUGGAGCAAGUGCAGAGGAAAGGCUUGGAAAAAUUCAGAGUAACAUUUAAGAGUCACCUGGUAGUAUUUAUUAUAGAGUGUUAUUAAUACAGAUGCAAUUGCGAUGCUGUUCGUAUAUGAGGAGAGAUUGGGUUUACAUGGAUAGUUUGGAGAAAGUGAGAACUCUUUCUGGAAGAGAGAAGAGCAGAGGGCUGUUGGAGCUGCUGUUACCUGUUAUGAUGUUCAAAGAGCUGCGGAAGUGGCUGUGAGGACACAGAUGGUGCCUAGGCAGAGUCAGGGAGUCCCACCAGCACCUGAAGGGGCUUUGGGACAUGCAGGGCUGGCUUGUCCCUUGCAUCUGUGCCUACCCUAAUCCUAGGAAGCUGAGCUGAUCCUGGUGGAAGCUGGAGAGGAGCUGAGUGCCUCUAAAAAACUGUAUUCCUUCUUUUCGUGCACUAGGUUGCAUUGUGUGUCACAUGAAACUGUGAUAAUUCUGGUAGGACUCCAUUGGCAUGUGGUGGGUCAAAAGUGUCCCUAUGACUUCCCUGUCACUUCCCAGCAACUUUGCUAUGCUUGGGGUUGGCAGCAGUCAGUCAAACUGUGCUACUACCCGGGUCGAUGCCAUUUCAUGGCAAAACGCUUGACAAUCAUGUAAUUCAAGCCUUGUCUGCUCUGUGCAUGGGCCACAUCUGCAGAGCAGAUGCACAGCCAGGAGCCGUGGGCAUGCAGGGAGCAAGGCUCAUCCCUAUUUCUUCACAUCUUUAUGUUCUUAUGCCAUCUUUUCCUCUUUGGACGUGCCAGCUCAUCCUCACGGAUUACAGUGUGCUUAAGGAAAUUUCCAGCCCCUCGUAACACAAGUCCAUUUCAUAUGCUCAACUCCAGAGCAAGUCAGGAGGACCAUAAUCUCCUGGCGUUGAUCGUUUCUUCAAGACACCAUGAUCCAGCUCUUCCAGGAAUCUGAACUGCAUCAGCUCCACUGAAGCUGUCUUGAUACCAGAGAUGGGGCUGAUCCACAGGUAGCCUCUCCCCAGUGAGAUGUCUACGUUGCUCAGGUUUCUUGUGUACCCGGUGGAGAAGUAACCUUUAUAGUCAAUGCGGACUGUAAACAACCACUUCUGGUCUGAACAUGGUGAACGUUACUCUUCCCAACUCUUUCCUGGCAACACCACAAGGCAGGCAAGCACAUGGUGACACCGAGACCCCCAGUCUCAUGAUGUAGCCGUUCCUGUAAGGGUAAGCCAACAUCCCCUGUGCCUUUGCUUGAGGGACUCAGCCAUGUUUGAGGAUGACCAGCUUUAGUUUAGGUGCAUUCAUCUACUUUUUGGCCAGGUGACCUGUGAAAUCCAACACAAGUGACACCGGCUCCUUGGCUGGGCUGGAUUAGCUCUGCUGGAAUUGGUUGAGCUGUACUAAUUAACACUGGCUGGCUGACCCAUAUGCUGUGUACGUAUUUUGUACGUAUGUAUGUGCCUAUUUCCGUAUACUCUUACAGAAGUAGGCCAUGCUGUAUUACACAACCUGGUGUGCUCAAAUCCCCAUGUAGGCUGAUAUAAAAAUGAAUAUUUAAAUAUUUUAUCUAGCUUGGCAGCCAUUAAAACUACAAUUCAGGUCACAGAUGAUUGAAUUUCCUCUCUCUCAAUUGUACCAGAAGUGGGCUGAGGAGAUUCUCCUGUACAUUAGGGUAUCAUGUUCUAUGUUUUAACUUUGCAGUGGCAUUUCAUUGCUGACAGAUAAUCACAGAGUGCCAAACAUUUAAUGUGCCCAACCGAUCUCCUGAGAGUUCCUCCUUCCAUUUUAUCUGCUUUCUCCUACUUGCCAAUUUAUGGGCAUGGAUUAAAAUAAUAAAUACGACUGCCAACAGGCGGAAGUAUGUUCUGUGUGCAUACAAAUGAAUUGGGCAAGAGGCAGCAGAAGAGGAAUUUAGCCAGAUGGGUUCUGGUUUAAGGUAUUAACGGAAGGCUAUAGCCCUUGAGGUCCUUUAGGAACCUCUUGGACAUCUCUGGUUUCUCUAAAGAGGGACGUGAUGGGGACCACCGUGCCCAUGGUACGCCACUUGUUGCCUGGGAAGACUGCAUCAGGUGUGAAGUCUGGUCUUGCUGAAGUUUGAUGAAGGUUGGUGGAGGUCUAGCAGUGUUCAUGUCCUGGCGUUGCACCCGCAGCAUCUCUUUGGUUGUGAGUGAGCAUUGGAGCUAGCUGUUGGCACUGGUGGCUCUUCAUGGAUCAGUGUCCUGAAGGAAGAAAGGAUUGGGUAGCUUCUAACUUCUCACCCUGGGCAGAGACUCAGGGAGAAGUAAACAUCACGUCUUAUGAAAGCUCCUGGUUUUGCAGCUAUUUUAUCCUAGGAGGGCUUUAUUCUGGUGACAAACAUAGGGCUGAACGUGGCUUCUCCAGAGAGCUACCUUCACAAAAGAGUCCUCAAGUUUCCUCCCAGCAACUUUUACAUCUCUGUCUCCCUUUCAAGACACCAACAGCCUGAACAGAAGCUCUACAGACUCUGCUGGGAACAGAGCCUGAAUUAACACCUCAGAUUCGAUGGGAAAUGAAAGUUUGGCUUGGAGGGAGGCAAGUUAUAGCACUGGAAUUGGUAUUUUUACAGGGUGCUUUCCAGAAGUGCAUAGCUGGCAAGAGCACCGUGCUGUUUCCUUGUGGACCAUGGAGGGCCAUGGGAAGCAACCCCCAUCAUGGGAUCCUGGUAAGAAGAGCAUAGGGUGUUCCUUUCACCGUGAUUCCUGUUAUCCUGUAGUAGUUGGUGUUAUUUAGGGGUAAAGUUUUCUCAGCUGGCAUGUCACUUUACAGAUAAUAAAAGUAAGGGCAAGGACUCUGUCCUGAGGAGUUUACAGUUUACAAGUAAAUACCAUAUAACCUGCACUGCACUUUAGAAGCCUCAAAUGCUCACUCACCCAUGAAUUUACCCUCAACUGGGCAGCAGCACCUUGAGGACUGCUGUCCCUCCUUAAGUGAACCCAUAACCAACACCACGACCGCAUCCCCACGCAAAAGUGCCUGAGCACCAAGACAUGCUGGUUUUGUCUCUAAACGGGUUGCCAUGCCCUCGGGAUGUGCCUUUCCCGGUCCGCACAUGGCUGCGCUCCUCCAAGAUGACCAUGCACACAGUAAUAAGCAUGCCCAGAAGCCUCAUUCCAGCUGCGUUUGGCACUUAGAGCUGCCCAUGCAAUUCAUGUGAUGCAUGGACAGGGUCCAUGCAUUUCCAUGUGAUCCAUGGAAAGAGUCCUCCUCCAGACACUUACACUUAAGCCUAGAUUUUUGAAGUAUUUCAGUCUUUUUGUGAGUCUGAUCUCUAAUAAACCCCAGGUUUUCCAGGCUCUGCUUUCUUCAGGUGAGAAUUACACCCACAUUUUGCUGGGGGAGGGGAAAAAAACACCACCCGAAAACCCUGGUCAUGGACUUCAGUGGGGCUUUUGCCCUGAAGCCUUCAGCACCAUGCCCACAGGCAGGGUGGGAGAAGGACACCAGGCUGUUCCCAAAGGACACCUUCCUGGUGGUAUCACUAGCAUGAGGCAGAGCCUGUAGCAGGAAUUGGGCUCUUGCUGUGGGAAAUCCCUUGGCAAGACCUUGAUGGGACGUGCUUGGCCACAAUGUCCUGUGAAGGCAAUGCUGAUGUGACAUUAUCAUUGCUAAUAUCUGUCUUGCAUUGGCAAAGGGCCCUGAGGCCACAGACAUCUCCGUAGUGCUACAUGUUGGUAGAUCACUGACGCUUUGCCCUCCCAUGGGCAUUUCUCCUAAGAUAUCUUCCCAUAGGUACCACCUUCAGAGCAUCACGCAGAGGUCUGUAGUCUUUUGCUCUUAGCAGGAACAGGCUUAAAUCUGCUCUUGGUCAUUGUGUUUGAGAGCGUGUGAGCCCAAGUGUGUGUGAAAUGAGCCUUUCCCUGCACACCUCCCCUGUGGUGGCAACAUCACAGACUGGGUUGGUGCUGGGGGACUUUCAGCCCAAUGGUAGUUGUAGCAUUUAGCUGUGUAGAAAGUAUUGAAAGUGCAGAGGGGAGGAAACAAAAUAACCUGGAAUUUUAGGUUGGUUACACUCACAGCACUCUGUACAAGAAUAUCCUCAGGUAGGUGAAACCUUCUGCAAAGCAGUGAAGGGCAGCGGGGAGAAUACCCUGUCCACCACAUGUGUGUUGGACCAAAUUGCAUGGUAUGGAAUUGACUUGUAGCAGAAAGGAGAUGAAUCAGAUCUCAGGGAAAGCUUUUGCAAGGUAAGGAUGGAGAAACUCUGGAACAGGUCACAGAGGCUCUGCCAUGGGAAGUCUUUGAGAAAUUGGUGGGCAAACUGCAGGGAGGGCCUCUGUCCAUGACCGUGUGUUGGGCCAGGGGAUGGUGGGGGUGCCCACAGGGCAUCUCUUCAAGCCUGGGAUAUCUGCAGUUCACCUCAUCCCCUCGUUCAGGCUUGCAGCACCUCUGCUUGUGGAUCUGUCCCAGCAGGUUACAGCCUUGAAGCAUCGCCCAUUAGCCAGGGCAGCCUGCCCAUGUUCUCUUUUAGCUUUGUUGCCCCUUCUGGUUCUGGUGUUGACUCUCAACUACAAUGAAGGUCCAGUAUACUGGUGGACAAAGACCUGAGAGGGAAGGAUGUGAACUAACUGCAGAAACCCAGGAUGUGCAGCUGUGACUGCUGCAUUUCAGUAGUUAGAAGGCAGCAGCUGCAGCAACCUGCUCCUCCAGGCCAUCCAUGGUCCACAGGCUGCGGCGUGCAAACUUUGCUGGAAUAUUAAGGUAAACAAUUUAAGAGUCAGCCUUUGAUUUGAGAUAGGUCAGUUGAGAAAUCUAAAAACAAACACACACCCCCCACAAUUGAAAGACAAACAAACAACUUCCAUGUGAUUUCCAGAAGGAAAAUCUGCUCCAUCUCCUUCCUCUGGACCUUGAGGGGGAGUCAGACGCAGCAUUGCUUCCCAGCUAGCCACAAGAAAAAUGGAGCACUUGUCACCAUAACCACUUUCAAAAGUCAGUUCCUAAGAAACUGGUGUUUAAGAACAGAGCAAGCAGCACAUUAACCCACCGUGCAACCAAAGAGAUGAGUCUCCUGCCACUGUAGGAAGUGCUUUUGUCCCUGAAGGCCCCACCCCAGCUCAAGUGUUUCAAAUCCCAUUGAUUUUCCCCUGUUACCGGUGCUUGUGUAUGCCUGAUGCCUCAGCUGGAAACCACUUACUCCAUAGAAAGUCACUUCUUGCCAUGGAAAAACGACUUGCAUUAGAAACAGAGUGGUCUUUGAGCCUGAUGACAUUACUGGGAUGCACAUGGAGGAGUUGCUGAUUUCCUGCUGGAUGCAGGAUGCCAUUUGUGGCACGGUCCUGACAGGUCUCUGGAAUUAUAGUUAGGAGCAUUGAGACACCCCCUCAUCACCACCUCCCCAGUGUUAUUUUUAUACAGAGGUAUUUCAGGUCUGCCUUUAGUUCUGGCCAGUUUUCCACAGAUGGUGACUCUCUUUGUGGUGCCUUUCAUCUCAGAUCAGAUCAGAUUAGCACAAAGUAAGAAAAUCCCCACCAAAAAGAAACCUUUUUCUCCAAAAUGCCUUUUUAGGAGCGUUUUGGGGAUGAUGGCUCCCCAUCUGAAAUAGACUUCAUUUUGUGGCAGCUUGACUUGCCUAGGAGAAUCUGAAACAGGGUAUCUCUGAUGUGAGUUUAGAUUGGUGCUGAAGUGUUGCUGUUGCAUUCUUCCCCUUGCUGGAAGGAAGGAAAGCUCUACAGAGGGAUCUAGACAGGAUGGAUCAAUGGCUGAGGCUCUGCAGAGAGAUCUGCACAGGUUGGAUCCAUGGGCUGGGGAUUGUGGACAGGCUGGAUCCAUGAUCCAGGCUCUGCAGAAGGAUCUGGACAGGCUGGAUCCCUGGGACAAGACCAAUUAUAUGAGAUUCAACAACUCCAAGUACCGGGUCCUGCACGUGGGUCACAACAACCCCAUGCAAUGCUUGGGGAAGAGCAGCUGGGAAGCUGCCCAGAAAAAUAAAGCACCUGGGAGUGCUGGUCGACAGUGGCUGAAUAUGAGCAGCAUUGGCCCAGGUGGCCAAGAAGGCAAAGAGAAUCCUGGCUUGGAUUACCCAUGGUGUGGCCAGGAGGAGGGAAGGGAUCAGUCCCCUGGACUUGGAGGUGGUGAGGCUGAAACUCAAAUCCUGGGUUUAGUUUUAUCCCCUCAGUGCAGGAAAGACCUUGAGGGGCUGGAGCGUGUCCAGAGAAGGGAACGGAGCUGGGGAAGGGUCUGGAGAACAGGGGUUGUGGGAGUGACUGAGGGAACUGGGGCUGUUUAGCCUGGAGAUGAGGAAGCUGAGGGGAGACCUCAUCGCUCUCUCCAACUCCCGGAAAAGAGGUUGGAGCAAGGUGGGUGCUGGUCUCUUCUCCAAAGUCACUAGAUAGGGUGAGAGGAAACAGCCUCAAGUUGUGCCAGGAGAGGGUUAGAUUGGAUAUUGGGAACAAUUCCUUCACUCAAAGGGUUGUCCAGCACUGGCAGAGUCCAUACUGGUGGAGUCCCCAUCCCUGGAGGAGUUUAAAAGAUGUGUAGAUGUGGCACUUAGGGACAUGGUUUAGUAGUGGAAUUGGCAGUGUGAGGUUUACGGUUGGACUUCAUGAUCUUUUCCAACCUAAAUGAUUCUGUGAUUCUGUGCUUUUGGCUGUGUCAUGUCAUGUAUGAGGCUCAGGUCUGGUGUUCCUGUCAGGGCAGCGGGCACGCAGCAGCGUAGCAGCUCCUUACCAACCAAAGUGCCUUUUCCGGAGGUCCCCAUUGCGUUGCUAAGGAGCACGGGGCUUCACAGAGCGGGUGAGCUUCCCGCGCUGGGGAAGAGCAGAGCAUUUCCAAGCAUUUCUGAUGCUCAGCAUGUCCUCACCUGGGUGGAAACCUGGACCUGUCCAGACCCUGAGGUGUCCACUGGGAUUCCUCCUUCCCUGUGCACAGGGUUUUCCACUCGUGCCUGUGUAGGGGUAGUUUUGGGAGCAGCUUUUAUUCCAGUGUUGGCCAGCCCAAGGAAGGCUUGCAUGGGGACAAUACCUGAGAGGACAGAGGGGGGCUGCGGGGAGGGGACAACUCCUGUCGCCACUUCGCUAUGGGACAUGUAUGUGCUCUUGGGUUUCCUCCAGGGUGUCUGUAGCACCUCUGCCAUGGGGCAAGCAUUCAGGCUAUAGCGCCUUCCUCCUCCUCUGUCCCGAGCCCAGGGCUGCUGGGUAAUGCCAACUGCUGUGGCAGGAGAGGAAUCAUCUCAAUACCAGGUUUCCAUUGCCUUCAGAGUGAGUAGGAACAUGAGCACCUCUAGGUGAGGCUGUGCGCUGCAGGAGUAUUAUUUUGGGGGCAUUGAAGGCAGAUGAGCAUCAUCUCCUGUGCCCUGCAUCUAGUAGCCCAGGGAUCAAGACUGGCCCAGGCUGGGCUGGGAGCACCUCAGCUGCCCCCAAAAACCUUGAGCACUACCCAAACUCAGCAGCUACAAGGUAGGGAGAGCAUGCCCCCCAGCACUGGGGCAGCCUAUCCUCCUAAAAUAGAGUAUCUGUGAGUGACCAGCUCGAGCUGAGCAUUUCAAAAGUGGAUUUCUCCCCUUUUGACACCGGCCAUUCAUACAUAGAGCCUGGAGCGAGGGCUGGGGCUGGUCUCUACAGCGGUUGACUCCACUCUGCAGUGGUGGCCUGACAGGGACAGAGAGGUACCAGCCCAAUGCCACCUUGCAGUUGGCUUCCUGGGAGUCUCAGCAUCGGUGAAUCUGCUCUGAUGGUCCUGCCAAAGGCUCAUUUUUUUAAUACCGGCAGAAGUAUUACUUGUGUUUCCUUUGACUUGCCGUUCAAUCGAAGCAACUGAUGGAAGACGGGUGUCUCUCCCAUGGGAGGGUCACCCAUUACAGGCCAUAAUUUGAUUUCCAUUACUAUAUAGUUGACAUUAAAAACCAAGAUGUUCACUGUCUAAUGGGGUCUUUUAACCAUGUGCACUUAGUUAAUAGGUGAGUAGAUGUUGCUGCUUGUAUCUAUCUACCAUCCCCAGUUGCUACGUGUGAACAAGUGUAUUUCUCCCCAGUGUUGUGGGUUCUGCCUGUUGUGACACGAUGACGGAAAGGUAGGGACUAUGUUGGUUGCAGCACGAGCUUUCUUCUGUACAGUGUAGAGAGGAAACUUGGAAUGAUCCGAAGCACCGCUUGUAACUACAUUUGUUCAAAAAAUGUCAUCUUAAUCCCAAACUGUUGACACUUUAUGCAUGUGGUAAUUAAAAAAAAAUUAAUAAAGAUUUUAAGAGGUUAAAA